UUAAAAAUUAGUUAUUGAUUAUAAUUUGUUACAAAAUUGAAUAAAUUAGCAAUAAAUAUUUUUAUCUUUCAUGUAUCAACAGAAAAGAAACAUUGAGUAGGAAAUGGGGGCGUGACUUAUUUAUUUUGGGUGACCAUGGCAGCGGAUUUGGCGUUCGGCACUGUGCCACCAUUCUAUCGAGAAAUGUAUGAUAUUGUUUGCGCUAAUCAAGAAAAUGUUGUAGAUCAAGAUAUGUUCAUUAAGCUAUUAGUGAAAUCUAGCUUACCCAAACAAACAUUGUCACAAAUAUGGGAACUUGUAGAUACCCGACAAGGCUAUUUAUCACGAUCUGGUUUAUAUAAAGCCCUUGCUUUAGUAGCAUUUGCUCAACAGGGUAAACAAGUCAGUGAAAAGCUUAUUCAAAAUUUCACUGGAGGAGAGUUGCCGAAACCUUCUUUGGGUGAUUUGACAGACCUAAGGAUUUUGAGUAUUCGUUUAAGACGAGAGAAAAACCCUAUGCGACUAGGCCUGACUUACCAUGAAAUUUGUGCGUUGGACAGUGUUCAAAUAGCAUUAGUUCCUGAAAAGAAAGGAUUAUUUUUAAAACAUGUUGAAUAUGAAGUUACUAGUCAGAGAAAUAAAUCUAAUGUUCAAAGAAGAUAUAAUGAUUUUGUUGCUUUACAAGAGCUUUUGUUACAAAAAUUUCCAUACAGGUUGAUUCCUCAAUUACCACCUAAAAAAGUAAUGGGAGCUGAUGAACAGUUUUUAGAAGAUAGAAGAAAAUCUUUAAAAAGAUUUCUAAACCUUCUGGCCAGACAUCCUGUUAUUUCAGAAGACAAAAUACUUCAUUUUUUCCUGACAUUUUCUGGCACAGAUCUUCAACACAAAAUGAAGGAUCACUUUCGUGGAGUUUUAGAUGAAUUUAAUUCAAAUGAACAAGCUAAUGAUGCAGAAGAAUUAGUUCCUAUUGAUUCAUUUAAUCAAUUAUCCAUUGUCAGAGAGCAGAUGAAACAAGUAUACAAUGGUUUUCAACAAUUGAAAGAAGUUACUGAAAGGGUUGUUGACAGAGCAAAGCAAGAGUCAUCUGAUAUGCUGUUAUUCGGAAAAGAAUUGUGCUCUUUGGCUAACAGUGCCAGUGCAGAAUCUGAUUGGGGUUCCGGAGGUAAUGAAACAUGGGAUGAUUUGAAAAGAGGCAUGAAAAAUAUUCACCCAAUGCUAUCAACUGUUUCCUCUGCAUAUCUUGAUUUGGCAUCUAAAGAAGAGGAAGAAGUUUUGGAAGAGUUAAAUUUAUUUUUAGAUAUUCUUACUGCAUACAAGGAACUUUGUGAUCGAUAUGAACAAUUUAACAGCGUAGUAAGACAGAAAAGUUCGAGGAAACUUCUAGCUCGUCAAACAUCUACAAAUCCCAUCGUAGUGGAUGCUGAAAAUCAAGCUCAUCAACUGAAUGAAAAGAGAAAUUAUUUUUUUCUACAUUGUAUUCAUAUGGAAACACAGCUAGUUCAUACCUACAUGCAAGUUCUGGUAAAAGUCCUUCAAUCUCUAGUUAGUUUGCGGACUAAAGGAUUAUCAAAUAUUUCAACAAUAUGGAAAACUAUGGAACCUUUAACAGAAAAUUUGAUUCCUAUACCUGGUACUCCAUCUCCUACUUCUACCAUUAGUAGGUAACUACAAAAUCAAAUUUGGUUUUGUAUUUCGGAUGCCUAAAUGAAAACAGUGCCGUAUCAUUAGAAAUUUUUUUUGAUGCAUAAAGAUAUUUUGAAUAUCAUGCAAUUUAUAAAUGUGAAUAUUUUUUGAAGCAAAUGAAUUACUUUGAAUGCUAAAACCUGGUGAAUUCCUAUUUAAAAUAUAUUUAUAUAUAUAGUUGUUAUUCAUGUCUUUCAUUGUUAAAAGCCUCCUUCUCUUUAUACUGAUUUUUUUUUAGUUAGUUUUUCACAUCUAUUUAUUUUAAGAGCUUUAUUUAAUUAAAUACUCAAUUCAGUGAUGAAUUAUAUUGUUUUGUGGGAUUUUCUCCCCUUAUUCAAAAUGUUUGUAUUCUGAUAUUUAAUAUUUUACAAUCAAAAAGUUAUCAAUUGAUAUUAAUCUCAUUUUCGCAAUUUUCUUGAUUAAUCUUUUGUAAAAUUUUAUUAGAAUUUUCAUUUAAAUAAAAAUCUUAUUUCAGAUUUUUAUUUAAAUGAAAUCUAGUACAUUGAGAGUUAUUUUUAUUAUCUAUUUUUUUUUUGUGUAUGCCAUUCUAGGUUGUGAGUUAUAAAAUGAUAAUAAUUUGAGAUUAUGGGUAAUUUUAUUAUUCUUUAAUAAUGCAUAUGAAUAUGCAAGAUAAUUACUACAAAUAUUUCAUUGAGUUUUAUUAUCUUACUUCUAAAAUAUAGCUAUGAGUUUAAUGUCUUGAAGACUGCAGUAAUAAUAAGAAUAAGCUUUUGCUAAAAAAAUUAUUUAUAAUGUAUUUGAUUACUUUUCAACUCUCAAACCUCACUAUAACUUUCAAAUUGUUCUGUUUUUUACCCAAAUUCAUGUUAGGGUAUAACCUAUACUUGUUCAGGCUCCAAAAAUGCUUUAAUAUGUUUAGCAAGACAUGUUUAACAUUUGGGCUAUUGGAAGUUUAAUAAUUAAAAUAUUUUGAAUUAUGAUUAAGUUUUUCCUUUUGCAUGAUUGAAAAAAAAAUAUUUAAAAAAUUUUAUAAAUGAUUAGAAUUAAAGUUUUAUUUGUUUCAUUAAUGAAUUAAAACUAACCAGAUUAAAUAUCAUCAGAUAGAACUAUUUCUUUAUGCAGAUUUUCAGUUUUAAACUAUUCAUAUAAUAUAAAAGGUAAAAUAAAUUAGUUUUAAUUUAAAAUUGUAUGACAUACAUGCACUAUGCAUCUUUAACUAACCCUUCUUCUGCUUUCAAAUUUUGAGAUUUUUUUUUUUUUUAUGCUUGUAGUUUCAAGAAUUAAAAUUAGUGUAAUCUCAAAACUUUCAAGACAAAUUUUUAUGUAUGAAACAAAGAAAAGCAAUAUGUUGAAAAUAUUACAAUACAGUUACUUUAUUGUUCAAAUAAUUUUUUUAUAGAAUAAAAAUUUGAUUCUUUUUAUUUAGGAGUAAAUUAGAUGUAUUUUCUAAAAAAAAUUUAUUCUUCUAAACUUAACCUUAUUUGUUUUAAACUAUUAUAAAAAGGAUGUUGCCAGCAUAACCAGUAUGCUUUAAAGCUUAUAAAACUGUUUAAGAUAGAAUGAAAACAUAAAAGAUUAAAAAAAUUUAGUAGUAUCAAUUUAUUUUUGGUUAAGAAUUUCUCAGUUUGCUAAUUUGGGGCUGAAAACAUGAGAUCUAUCGAACCUUAGGAAUUGUGAUAAAAAAAUUGCCUUUCUCUCAAACAUAUUAUAAAAAUUGUUAUCCCCUUCAAAAUUAAAAUAACCUACAAAGGUUUUUUAUUACUAUCUUAAAUCAAAAUAUUUAUAAAGAAAAUUUAAUUAUUCUAUUAAAAGAUUUGAUUAGUAAUUUUCUGGUUAUAUGAUAGAACAAUUAUACUGUUUUCCAUAUAGUUUAUCAAUGCUUAAGUUAUAUGCACUUUAAAUUGACAUCAUUAAUCUUACUAUUUUCUUCUGAAACUUAAAUUUUUUUUUUUUUGCUUAUUUAUAAAUUGAAACAUUAAUUUGUAUAAUGAAUAAUUCUCAAAAAAAGUCUUGGUUGUCUCAGUUAUAAAAAUGUUUAUAUUUAAAUGCUUGUGCUCUAUGAAGACAAUGCUAUUCAUAAAAAAAAAACGCUCAAAUCUCUUCCGCAAGUAUUAAAAAAAGGUAACUUCAGUAAUUAAUAACUAAAUCUGUUAAUUAACCAAUUCCAUAAUUAUUAUUUAUCAAUUAUAUUAUUUUCUAUAACUUUUAUAAAGUAUUUCAUUUAUUUACCAACACGUUAACAAAUUGUGUACAAAAAUGUUGUUCAUCUUGUUUUUUUAUAUGAAACUUUUGAUGAACAUUUCUUAAAAGCCAAUCAUAGAUCAUCACCAUUUUCAAUCUAGUAUUAAGUAAUGAACUUUUUAGUUUAUUAUUGAAAAAAGGAUAAAAGUAUUGAGAAAGCCUACAUAAAAUUGUAACUUUUUAUAAGUAGUUUAAAUAUAUGUACUAAUAAAAAUUUCCAUGUUUCUGAAAAGUACGAAAAUUAACAGACGAAUAUCUUGUAAGUUAUAUAUUUUUAUAAUAAAAGUUGACUUCAAUGCAUUGUUGAUAAAAUUUGCAACUUAUAACAUGUUUUAUAGAGGUGUAAAAAAAAUUUCCAGCCAAAUGUGUCUUCCUAUGGUAUAUUUGAAGUAUUUACUUUGCGUGUUUGUUUUGUCUGAUCAUAAUUUAACCCUUUGACAUAGAAUUUUUAAAAUUUAGGUCAAAAUAAGUGAAGAAAUAUUAAGCAUUUUAAUAAUGUAUAGUUUUGAAAUAUAGUAGCAUUUUUUUUUUUUUUU